ACGAGCUAUUCGUAGAAGUGGUACUAUACUAUUAAGUUUCGUACGGGAUGUAACUCCUAUGCCACAUAACGGCUGUAGACCUCCUAAAAAAAGACGUGUAUAGGAAUAAACUGUGUAGAAAUAAACAUUGAAGAGAUUUCAAGAGAAAUAAAUGAUUCAAUGAUCUGAUCAAGUAAUAUUACUAUGGUUCGAGAGAAAGUAACAGUAUCUACUCGGACACUGCAGUGGAAGUGUGUUGAAUCAAGAGUAGACAAUAAGCGUCUUUGUUAUGGACGCUUUAUUCUGUCUCCACUUAUUAAAGGUCAAGCCGACACAAUAGGCAUUGCGAUGCGAAGAGCUUUGCUUGGAGAAAUAGAAGGAACAUGUAUCACACGUGCAAAAUCUGAGAAAAUACCCCAUGAAUAUUCUACCAUAGUAGGUAUUCAAGAAUCAGUACAUGAAAUUUUAAUGAAUUUGAAAGAAAUUGUAUUGAGAAGUAAUCUGUAUGGAACUCGCGGCGCGUUUAUUUGUGCCAGGGGUCCUGGAUAUGUAACUGCUCAAGACAUCAUUUCACCGCCUUCUGUGGAAAUCGUUGAUAAUACACAACAUAUAGCUAGACUGAUGGAACCGAUUGAUUUGUGUAUUGGAUUACAAAUCGAGAGGAAUCGCGGAUAUAGUAUAAAAAGGCCAAAUAACUUUCAAGACGGAAGUUAUCCUAUAGAUGCUGUAUUCAUGCCUGUUCGAAAUGCGAAUCAUAGUAUUCAUUCUUAUGGGAAUGGGAAUGAAAGACAAGAGAUACUUUUUCUCGAAAUAUGGACAAAUGGGAGUUUAACUCCUAAAGAAGCACUUCAUGAAGCCUCCCGUAAUUUGAUUGAUUUAUUUAUUCCUUUUCUACAUGCGGAAGAAGAAACUUUACAUUUAGAGUACAAUCAACACAAGAGCACUUUACCCCCUCUUACUUUUCAUGAUAGAUUGGCUAAACUAAGGAAAAACAAAAAAGAAAUAGAAUUGAAAUAUAUUUUUAUUGACCAAUUAGAAUUGCCUCCCAGGAUCUAUAAUUGCCUCAAAAGGUCCAAUAUACAUACAUUAUUAGACCUUUUGAAUAAGAGUCAAAAGGAUCUUAUGAAAAUUGAAGAUUUUCGCAUAGAAGAUGUAAAACAGUUAUUGGGCAUUCUAGAAAAACAUUUCACAAUUGAUUAACCGAAGAAUAAUAAAUAGAUUGAAUUUUUUUCAUAUUUUUUUUUUUUUUUUAGAAAAAAAACUGGGUUUUGAAUCUUUAACCAAAUCCAUAUAUUCGGAAUAGAUUCAGAAUUUAAUUGAAUAGAUGUAUCUAGGGAGAAUUCACUUUGAAGCGACUAUUCCCUAGAUACACAUGCGGGAUA